UUCCGGUUAGAAUACAGGUUACCUGGGUUGCAAGGAAGGAUUCGUUAACAAUUUAUGACAUCUUUUUGCAGUAUUUUAUCAUCGUUUACGCGACAUUCAAAUACGUAGUUAUCAAACGAAAACGUAACACUGAAAAUUGUACCUUCGAAUAUAUCCUUCGUGUCUCUGGUUGCAAGGAACGAAGAAAACUUUCCGAAAUUAAAUUUCCUUCACGGGAAAAAAAUAUUUAUUGAAAACACAAUGAAAGAGAAAAUGGAAUCUGAAGAGGAGAAAAACGCUAAUGAAAACGAAGCGAAGAUAGAAGAGCCUCAAGGUAAUCUCUUAUGGCGAAUUUCUGGUGGCGUUUAUAAUAAAGCUGCCACUGUUGCUGGUGGAGUUGGAUGGAUUGCGGGAUCUGCUAUAUCGACGACUUGUUCAGCAGUUUCUACAGUCGGAGGAUAUGCUAUUACACCGUUUCGAAAAGAACCGAAACACAAAUCGGAUUGAUGGAGCUGGUUACUCAUGAAGUUCGUCAUAAAUGAACCUUCGUACUUUGAACUCAUUCGAUUUCUCCUAAAAGAAACCUUUUCACUGUCUGUGAGUAAACAAUGCAAAGUCUUCCAUUGAUAAUUUCCCUACAAAAAUUGCAAAAAAAUAUAUAAAAAAUACAAUUAAUAACGACUCUAAAAAAUAGUAUUUAUAAAAAACAUUAUAGCGUUUUACGGUUACAAUAUUCCAAUUGCCACGUAGAAUAUGAAACUUCAAGAAAAAUAUAUUUAGCUUUUCGCAAUAUUUCUCAUUAAAACUAAACUGCUAUUACGAUAUUGUAUAAAAUUAUAGCUAACACAGAGUUAAUAUUUAGAGAUUUCAAGCUCAUAUAAUUUAUGGCUAUAAAAGAUUCGAAUUUUUUGAUGUUGUUUCCCUCCGAUGAGAUUUUUUUAAAGAGGUAAUUAGAGAAUCGAGUGCAUUUUUGGGACAACAACACUGCUUUGUUAGCUAACCUUGCUAAAAAGAUUCUCAAACCUCAAGAUUUAUUAAGUAGUUUUUCUUUUGAGAUAUUAUUUCUGCUAGAAAAUAGAAAUAAUAUUGUUUGUUGUGUUUAAAUUAACUGAUUUCAACUUCGGGGUUUAUACAGGGGGAAACGUGCAAAUACAGAUGAUAAUUUUUCGACAACAAAAUUGAAAUUGUAAUAAAAAAAAUUGAUACAAUAAAAAAAAUUUCGACUUCAAUUCUGCCUUUGUUUCUGGAAUAAAAAUAAAAAUAAUUCCAUUUAA